UUUUAAGUAUUUAACUCUGGAAAAAUGAGUUAUUUGGAGUUUAUAUCGACGAACGAGAGCAAGUCAAACGUCCCCGAGGCUAAAUUCAUCGACUGUAUGGAGAAGUUCGUAGGGGAGCGUAACUCUGCGGAGCUAACUCAAGUCGCAAAAGAGCUUUUAGCCAAAUACCGUUUCAUGGAGAAAAACAGCACUGCCAAGAUGGGAUUAAUCAAGGACAAGCUACCCGAACUCAAAGACGCCAUUUAUACACUCGAAAAACUCAAGAAAAAGAAGGAAUCUGGUGACAAGUCUGACGUUAUUACAUACUUUAAGAUUUCUGACACUUUAUACUCUGAAGCCAGGAUCCCAUAUACCGAAUCAGCCUUCCUGUGGCUCGGCGCGAAUACUAUGGUGGAGUAUCCGAUUGAUGAUGCUAUUAAAUUACUUACUGAUCAACACAACGGAAUCGAACAACUAAUACAAGAAAUGGAUGUUGAGCUUGACUGGAUAAAGCGUCAGAUAACUUGCACUGAGAUAACAGUGGCCAGAUUACACAACUUCACAGUAAUGAGGAACGCAGCCAACCAGCAAAAGCCAGAGCCUGUAAACUAACACAUAUUUAUCGACCCCAAACUGAGAUUCACGCCUAUUUACCAGGGAUUCAAGCCUAUUUACCAGGGAUUCAAGCCUAUUUACCAGGGAUUCACGCCUAUUUACCAGGGAAUCACAUCUAUUUACCAGGGAAUCACAUCUAUUUACUAGGAAUUUAAUCCUAUUUACUAGUGAAUAAAGAUAAUUUACUAGUGAAUAAUGAUAAU